AUGAGCUCAAAGAACGUCACUGGGGCCAGGGUUGCCCCUGCUGAAUUCAUCCUCCUGGGCAUUACAAAUCGCUGGGACCUGCGUGUGACCCUCUUCUUGAUCUUCCUGCCUGUCUACCUCGUGAGCCUGCUGGGAAACGUUGGCAUGGUGCUGCUGAUCCACGUGAAUGCCCGGCUCCACACCCCUAUGUACUUCUUCCUGGCCAACCUCUCCCUUCUGGAUGCCUGCUAUUCUUCGGCCAUUGGCCCCAAGAUGCUAGUGGACUUGCUGCUGCCCCGUGCCACCAUCCCGUACGUGGCCUGUGCCCUCCAGAUGUUUAUCUUCGCGGGACUGGCUGACGCAGAGUGUUGCCUCUUGGCAGCCAUGGCCUACGACCGCUAUGUGGCCAUCGAGAACCCUCUUCUCUAUACGACGGCUAUGUCACCACGUCUGUGCUUGGCCUUGCUGGGGGCAUCAGGCCUGGGGGGGGCAGCGAGUGCCUUCGUCCACACAACCUUCACCUUCCGCCUGAGCUUCUGCCGCUCCCAGGAGGUCAACAGCUUCUUCUGCGACAUCCCUCCCCUACUGGCCAUCUCAUGCGACGACACCAGUCUCAAUGAACUCCUUCUCUUCACUGUCUGUGGCUUCAUCCAGACAGCCACGGUGUUGGUUAUAGCUGUGUCUUACGGUUUCAUCGCCCGGGCUGUGGCCCGCAUGCGAUCGGCCGAGGGCCGUCGGAGGGCAGCCUCUACUUGUGGCUCCCACCUCACAGCUGUGACCAUGCUCUAUGGGACCCUCAUUUUCAUGUACCUGCGUCCCAGCUCCAGCUAUGCCCUGGACACUGACAAGAUGGCCUCUGUGUUCUACACCCUCGUCAUUCCAGCUCUCAACCCACUCAUCUACAGCCUCCGCAACAAGGAGGUCAAGGAGGCCCUCAGGCAGACCCGGAGUCGAUUCUGCUGUCCAGGGCGGGGUACCAGCGAUUGGUCCCAGGAGGCUGGUUAA